AUGCUCAUCUUCAUCCUGCUGCUCUCCCUGGCUGCAGUCAGCCAUGUGUCAGGAGCUGAAUUUACAACCAGCACUAACAUAGACAUCAAAUCGUGUCCCAUUGUCUUCUUUGAAAAAGUUUACCAGAACUUGUAUGUCGACACUGCCGACAACAAAGUCUCAGUUUGUUUCAAAGGCCCACGCAGCACAAGUAACAACGACUGUGUUCUGGUGGAUAAAAGUGGAGGAGUCAACAAGGGUGAAUGGAUCACUAGAACCACACUGUAUGCUCCAGGAUCAGAUGUUCAUAAUGAACUGCCACAGCUCACAGGGAAAGCAACAUGCUACACAUUCAUUAGACUCUUAAAGGACACUUCUGAAUAUCUUCGGUUUGCCUUUUACAAAUUUGGUGACCAAGGAGUUGUUCGUUAUACUAUGCAUUUACCCUAUCCAUUCACUGCUUUGGACGUUGAUGUUCAGGUCGAUGGUAAGAAAGUGGAUACGUGGAAGACUCAGGUUAGAGGCAGUGAUGUCUACAAGGAUGUGAGCGCCUGCACACACGCAGGUGCUCUUCUUCUACCAAAUAAGGGAUUAUGUGAGUCAGGCUCCUCUGUAACGUGCAGCGCCUCAGCAGAGCUCAAAUCAGGUCCUUGUGGCUCCGGGGAGAAAUGCGAGGGCGAGGGCCAGUGUGUGAAAGAUGCCGUGUGCACGGUGACCGGCUCCACUGUCAUCGAUGUCGACGGUAAUGCUGCCUCCGUCCCGGAUCGCUGUGCGUACACUCUGCUGUCAGAAUCAGGCAUCAAGCUGCAGGCCGUCUUCCAGGACCGCCGUCGUAAAGAUAUUAGUUUUUUGGAUCAUGUGAUCCUGCAUCUGGAUAAAGAUGUUAACAUUCACCUGGGACAAGGUGGGAGGGUUACGCUGAAGGACAAAGAGCUGAGCCUCAGCAGCACACCUGUGAAGCAUCACGAUGUGGAGCUCACUAAGGACCAAACUGGGGUCACCGCCAAGCUGUUGAAGUCCAAAUACGGCACCUCUGUCUUCUUUGAUGGCUACACCGCACAGAUCCACAUGAAAGUACCAAGUGGAACCACCAUACAGGGUCUAUGUGGCAAGUCCAGUCAGACUCUGAGUGGAGUGAAGGUCUCUGAGUUAAGCUCUGACAGCUGUGAUAAAGUGCACACGGACGCUGUUGACAGUACGAUUGACUGCAAGGAAAUAACUAAACGCUGUGAACUCCUGAAGACGGCUCCCUUCGACUCCUGCCACAGCUCCAUCAAGCCUGAUCCCUACAUCAAAGCCUGCACCGACACUCUGUGCAAAUACCCGGCGGUGGACGGUCUCAAGUGCCAGUUCCUGGAGGCCUACGCCAAAGCCUGCAGCCUGGUCGGCAAGACAGUCAAGGACUGGGGGACACCGACCAGCUGCUCCUCUGCCAAGGCCUUCUGUCAGGACAAGUUCUGCAGUGCUCAUGAGUUCUGUGCUGAGGAUACCAGUGGUGGAACCAGCUGCCUCUGUCGGCCCAUUUUUGCCUCCAAAUACAGAACGGCAAAAACUUUUGGCGAGCCGACCGUCUGCGAUAAAAACUCUGCUUCAGUCAGUCUGGCUGGUUGUCUCAUGGAGGAAAAGAACAUCGACUACUCUGUCUUACACCUCAACGACAAGACAUGCAAAGGUCAGCGGGACGAAAAGACCCACAUGGUGACAUUCAGCUUCAACAGCGACACCUGUGGGACAGUGCUCACGGCCGAAAACAAACAACUUAAGUUCAAGAACGCCAUCCUUGCUCAGGACAGCUCUAGCUCCAAGAUCACUCGCCAUGAUGAAGUGAAAAUCGACUUCUCCUGCUUCUACAACCAGCCGGACGUCGAAACCAUGUCCUUCAAAAUCAAAGACAGCUCUGUGACCCAGGAGAUUGUAUCUGGAGCUUGGGAAUACACUCUGACCAUGAAGGCCUACACUGACGCCAGCCGCACACAAGCUGUGUCAUCCAGCACUGAAAUCCUGCUGGAGCAGACCGUCUGGGUGGAGCUGAAGACGGUUGGGCUGGAUGACAAACUGGUCUCCGUGGUGACCGACUCCUGCUGGGCGACCAACGAGAAAUCAUCCACUGCGAAGCUGAAAUACGACCUGAUCGUGAAAGGCUGUCCCAGCUCUGCUGACAAGACGGUAAAAGUGGAGGGAAACGGACUGGGAACGUCCAACUACUUCUCCUUCUACAUGUUCCAGUUCUCUGGGAAGGAUGGUGACGUCUACCUGCACUGCAAACUCAACCUGUGUGUGAAGAAGGGCAACACCUGCACCCCGAGCUGCGGUGGCGGUAAGAGAAGACGCAGAUCUGCCAGGAAUAGAUAUGUGGAUGUAAACCCAGCCUUCAUCACCAUGGCCUGGAGUAAUUAGGUUGUUUCCAUGGUAACUCGGACGGACCUACAGGCUUCGACCCUCAGCGUGAUUCCAGAUUUUGGCUUUAUCCUCCUGAAAAGAUUUGCUCAGUUGUUGUUGCUAUGAAGCCAUGCUGGCACAGAGCUGUGAUAACCAAACACUGCUGAUCCCUCUCCAGCUUUGAUUCAGUCCAGUUUAGAGUUUAGAGUUGAUUCAGUCGGGCUGGGAGCAGGAAACAAUCUGAUCAACUGUGUGAACGAAGGCAUGCAGCUCCUAUCAGAUCUGAGCAUGUGCACGUGGAUCAUUUGUUAAUUUGUUAAUA